AUGAGCACAGCAUACGACGAUGCAAAGUGGGAGUAUGACAAGGCUAUGGGGAAGAUGGAAAAGCUAGGAAAUCUGAGGAUAAGUUUGGCAGUUGAAGAAUGGAGAAACCAGAGAGAAAGAAUGAGAAUGAUGAGGAGUAGAAACAAACAAGCGAGUUUGCUUAUCAGGAAAAAGGGGAAUACUUUACUAGAUGGAACUAAAAUUAAGAGACCAGCUCUUAACCUGCUUCCAGAUGAUGAUGAUUCCUCCAAAGAGCAUGUUGAUGAGGAUAGCAAACAAAAUGACAACGAAGAUGAUGAGAUCAACAACUUCUUUCAAAAUCCUUCUGAACAACAAAUUGAACAAGAUAUUUUCAAGGAAACAGACAACAAGGAGAAUGGGAUAAUUCAUCAAACAGAAAAGCAUAAGCGAGAUGAAUCUGAUAUGAUUGAGGGGGAUGAGAACUACAGUGAUGACACAGAGGAAGAUGAUGAAAAUUGA